GCGCAUGCGCAACAUAUGAGCGGCAAAGUGAGGUUAAAUUUAUCUGGGGUUAUAUCAACGGUCGUUGAAAAAAAAAGUGCGUUUUUUAAAUUAUUUCAAGCGAAAUGGAGAUUUCCGACGAGAAUCUUCGAAUUCUGAGCCAAUAUUUGCAACAGACUUUGAGCCCCGACCCGAACACUCGGCGCCCCGCCGAAAAGUUCCUCGAAGGGGUCGAAGUGAACCAGAAUUACCCCUUGUUGCUGCUUAAUUUAGUGCACAAACCCGAGGUGGAUGUGACAAUACGGAUUGCAGGCGCAAUUGCCUUCAAAAAUUACAUCAAACGGAACUGGAGUAUUGAGGAGGACCAGAAUGAUCGGAUCCACGAAAGCGAUAGGUUGGCUAUUAAGAAUCUCAUUGUUUCUCUAAUGUUGAGUUCGCCUGAAGCAAUACAAAAACAGUUGAGUGAUGCUAUUAGCAUUAUCGGAAAGACAGAUUUUCCGUUGAAAUGGCCCGAGUUGAUCACUGAAAUGGUGGACAAAUUUGCCACAGGCGAUUUCCACGUCAUUAAUGGGGUUCUGCAAACGGCGCAUUCUCUCUUUAAAAAAUAUCGUUACGAAUUCAAGUCCAACGAACUCUGGAUGGAAAUUAAAUACGUACUGGACAAGUUAGCCAAGCCUUUAACUGAUCUCCUUAUGGCCACUAUGGGGCUAACACAAGCACACCAAAACGAUGUCAGUGCUUUGAAAAUUAUAUACCAUUCACUUGUCUUAAUUUGUAAAGUUUUCUACUCUUUAAAUUACCAAGAUCUCCCCGAAUUUUUUGAAGACAACAUGGCCACUUGGAUGUCGAAUUUCCACACGCUGCUAACAGUUGAAGUUAAAGUACUGCAAAAUUCGAGUCAGGACGAGGCUGGCGUAAUAGAACAGUUGAAGUCACAAGCCUGUGAUAACAUUGCUUUGUAUGCUCAGAAAUAUGAUGAGGAAUUUCAACCGUAUUUACCACAAUUUGUCACAGCUGUUUGGAAUUUGUUGGUUGUUACAGGCCUGGAGCCGAAAUAUGAUUUGUUGGUUUCCAACGCUCUCCAAUUUUUGUCGUCAGUUGCUGAACGUUCUCAUUACAGGAAUUUAUUUGAGGAUAAUGCGGUUUUGAGCAGCAUUUGUGAACAAGUUAUCAUUCCAAAUAUGGAAUUUAGAGCCUCGGAUGGAGAGUUAUUUGAAGACAAUCCAGAGGAAUACAUUAGGAGAGACAUUGAAGGAUCUGAUGUGGACACAAGACGGCGAGCCGCUUGUGAUCUAGUCAACACUUUGAGCCAGAAUUUCGAAAAACGCAUCAUCGAAAUAUUCGGACAAUAUUUACAGGUAAUGCUAUCAAAAUACAACGAAAACCCCAAAGACAACUGGCGCAGCAAAGACGCCGCCCUUUACUUGGUAACAUCUCUGGUAAGUAGGGGGGCCACACAAAAACACGGUGUGACUCAAACGAGCCAACUUGUCUCAAUACCACAAUUCUGUCAAGACCAAAUCCUCCCUGAGCUUAAAAGAACCGACGUCGACGAAUUACCGGUCCUUAAGGCCGAUGCAAUCAAAUAUUUGCUAACUUUUCGCUCUGUCUUACCCAGUGAAAUGGUCGUUGCAACCAUUCCUUUGCUAAUUCAACACUUGACGAGCGAAAGUGCAGUCAUUCACACUUAUGCUGCUUGUACUAUUGAAAAAAUCCUAAUCAUGAAAGACGGCAACAAUCAGAAUAUUUUAAACGGGGCCUCUUUGGAGCCCUUAGCCAGUCAGCUGCUGGUUAAUCUUUUCGCGAUUUUGGACAAACCGGUGUCGGAGGAGAACGAAUACGUUAUGAAAACCGUAAUGAGGACUUUUUCCACGUUGCAAGACCGAGUCAUUCCGUAUUUGCAAUCAGCUUUGCCCAAACUCACCGAGAAGCUGCAAAUGGUUGCGAAAAAUCCAUCCAAGCCUCAUUUUAAUCAUUAUUUAUUUGAAACCAUUUCCCUGGCGAUUAAGAUUGUGUGUAAAACGAACGCGUCAGCGGUUACGUCGUUUGAGGAUAUUUUGUUUCCGAUUUUUCAAGGCAUAUUGCAGCAGGAUAUUCAAGAGUUCAUUCCGUACGUGUUUCAAAUUUUGUCCCUUUUGAUGGAAUUCACCCCAAUUGGGAGCAUAUCCGACGCCUACAUCCAGCUUUUGCCGUGUCUUUUGGCCCCCGUUUUGUGGGAGCGCCCGGCCAACAUCAGCCCCCUUGUUCGCCUCCUAAGCGCCUUUACGGUGCAUGCGGGCCACCAAAUCGUGGCACAAGAUAAAGUGGGCGGUUUUUUGGGUGUUUUCCAAAAACUGAUCGCCUCGAAAUCAAACGAUCACGAAGGCUUCCACUUGAUGCAAAACAUGAUCCAGCAUUUUCCAAUAGAGGCGCUCGCUCCGUACCACAAGCAAAUUUUCUUCCUGCUUUUCCAGAGACUGUCGUCGAGCAAAACCACCAAAUAUGUUAUAAAUAUAAUUGUUUUUUUCUGUAUGUAUGCCGUUAAGUAUUCGCCGGUUGAGCUGGUGUCUGUUAUCGAUGGAAUCCAAGCCCAGAUGUUUGGUAUGGUUCUAGAGAAGCUACUAAUCUCCGAAUUGCAAAAAGUCUCAGGCAACGUUGAGAGGAAAAUUGUCGCAUGUGGCAUCACUAAAUUGUUAUGUGAAUGCCCCGAAAUGCUCACUGGGACGUAUCAGAAGUUCUGGCCGCAACUUUUACAAGCUUUAAUCAUGUUUUUUGAAAUGCCGCUAGACGAAAGUUCUUUACCAGACGACCACUUUAUCGAGAUUGACGACACCCCCACGUUUCAGACCACUAGUGCCAAGUUGAAUUUUGCAAAUAUUGCCAAACCGGACCCGUUACAAAGUUUCGGGGAACCGAGGCAGUUUUUGUCGCAAAAUUUGGCAACUCUUGGUCGUGCACAGCCUGGAAAAUUGCCAGUUUUGGUGGGGAAUAUGAACCAGCAAGCCCAGACCAUCCUUAACCAGUAUCUGGCGAAAUUUGGAGUCCAGCUCAUGUAAUUUGUUUUGUUGUGUUAACUGAAUGCUUUCGAAUAAAACGAUAUUUUUAAAAA